UUAUAUUGACGGUGCUAUACUUGUUUACGAUAUUUCUGAAGAUAAUGGAUUAAAUGGAAUGAAAGAACUAUUAUGUGAAUAUAGUAGCAAUGAAAUUCCUAUUAUGAUUAUUGCCAAUAAAUGUGACAAAAAUGAGCAUAAGAAUAGAGACGACCUUUUAAAAGAAAUUAAAUAUUAUUUUGGAGAGGAAUUAAAUAUCUUAGGAAAAGAGUUUUUAUUCGAUAAAACCUCAGAUAUGGAAAAGACUAGCGCUAGUCUCAAUAAAAUCUUAGAAGAAUGUAUAAAUAGAUUUUCGGAGUUUCGAGAAAUCAAAGGUCUAAAAGAAUUGACCUCUCCAAGUAACCAAUUCAAAUCUAUGACGCAAUAUGCAAUGCG